ACCAUUUCGGCUCAAGGUUCUUGGCGCUGGGCCGGGCCAGGACGGGACCAUUUCGGCUCCACGGUUCAUGAAUGCGUAUGCGACAGUGAGCAAAGUAAUAAACUGCCGUGGGCGGAAGGUCAGCGAGAGGAACACCGGAACCCGGAAACUUCUGCGGGAGCAAGGAUUCAUUCGUCCGCGAAGAGAGGCACGUCUGUGGAAGCUUCGACUCUACGGUGCAGAGGUCAUGGAUAACAUCCAGGUUGCUGUGAUUGGAGCCGGUGUAAUCGGAUUGUCCACUGCUUUGUGUGUUGCCAAGGCUGUGCCUAACUGCUCUGUCACUGUGAUUGCAGAGGAGUUCUCUCCAUACACGACCAGCGAUUUGGCUGCGGGAGUCCUUAACCCUCACUUCUCUCCUGAGACACCGAUUAGUCGUCAGAGGCGCUGGUUUGAGGACACUUAUGCCCACGUCUACUCCAUUGCCCAGUCUGAAGAGGCCUCUGAAGUUGGUGUACAGUUUGUGUCUGGGUGGGAGCUUUUUAAGGAGCCUCCUGAGGAAAGGAUGCCAUUUUGGUCUGAUAUUGUGUUGGCAUUUCGUGUUAUGACUGAUUCUGAGCUGAAGAGAUUUCAACAGGCCGCGUUUGGUUGGGCAUACACCACUCUGCAGUGUGAAGGUCCUCAGUACCUACCUUGGUUGUGGAAAAGGUUGAAGGAGGCAGGAGGCCGGAUACGGGUGGGGAAGGUCGUGGAUUUCUGGGAGCUGGAUGGAAAGUAUGACGUUGUUGUGAACUGCUCAGGUAUUGGAGCCAGGGCACUCACAGGGGAUAUGGAAAUGUAUCCAGUAAGGGGCCAGGUCCAUAAAGUUCACGCUCCUUGGCUGAAACACUUUGUCCGUACAGAUGAUGGAACCAUUUACAUCUACCCAGGAAUCAGCAGCGUUACCUUGGGUGGAACGAGACAAAGAGGUGAUUGGCGGAUGUCAGUUGAUCCGUUGGACAGCAAGACCAUUUUCGAGAACUGCUGUGCACUUGAGCCGAGUCUCAGAUGCUGUCGGAAGCUUUCCGAGGGGGUCGGUCUGAGGCCAACCAGAGACGUUCUGAGACUGGAAAAGGAGACGCUAGAACGAGGCGGCCGCCGGAUGUUUGUGGUUCACAACUACGGCCACGGUGGGGCUGGAAUUGGUUUCCACUGGGGAACAGCAAAGGAAGCAGCUCAACUGGUGAAGGAGAUCAUACUGGAAGUAGGACGUCGACCCUUUCACGCUACACCAAAGCUGUGAGACGAGAAGGACUGAAAUCUGCAGCAUCACUUUCCUGUGCCGCAUAGGAUAACUGGUCAUUGUAAAUUGUCCUGUGAUUAGGUUAGGGUUAAUUGGGUUUGACGGGUGGCGAGGCUCAAAGGAUUGGAAGAGCCUGUUCUGCACUAUAUCACUGAAUAAGUAACAGGGUUUAAAUGUACAAAUCAACUGGUGUAUAAGCUUCACAGACUUGUGCCUUAUAUUGUCUAAUUUUCUUAAUGAUUAAUGUUACUGACUGUGAUUAGAAGUUGCACAUUGCUCAUUGGUAUUUUCUGCCUCAUUAUUUUAAUCCUUUUCUCCUGGUAAAAGUUGGCAAUGUAAUGAAUGUAAUAAACCACCAUCUGGAAAGAUGAAAAUUGGAAGUUACAGCCAUGGUCA